CCAUAUGCAUAAGGUGGGUUCGAUGGAACCCCGCGAGUCCCCUCCGGGCUCGUUACAAAUCUGCGUUUCAGGUCACCCAAAUGCAUUUGUGCCUGCUCAUAGCAAUUACCGGUACUUGACACAGCCAGUGGUUAAACCAGUAGUGCGUUUAAUGUGUUUUCUUGAACUCUGUAAUUUUACAUUGUUAUUUAUUUAUCGGCAUGGAGCGUCCUUCAGCCAAGGACUUGAUAAAAGGAUUUGAGAGCGGCGGAGUCAAAGGGAAAAAGCUUCACGUGCUGAUCGUGUACGCGCACCAAGAACCCAAAUCCUUCAACGGGGCUUUGAAAGAUGUCGCCGUGGAGGUCCUACGUGAAUUAGGACACACUGUGGAGAUAUCGGACUUGUACGCCCAGAACUUCAACCCUCUUUGUACAAGAAACGACAUCAAAGGGGAACUACUAAAUCCCAACCACUUCAAUUACAGCCAAGAGACACAAAAUACUUAUAAGAAUAGUACUCUCCCCGAGGACAUUGUCUCUGAACAAGAAAAGCUUAAUAGAGCUGAUUUGGUCAUUUUCCAAUUCCCAAUGUAUUGGAUGUCCUUCCCGGCUAUCCUGAAAGGCUGGUUUGACAGGGUGUUUACCUUGGGAUAUGCAUUUACAUUAGAAGCAAUGUGUGAUGAAGGUCUUCUUAAAGGAAAGAGAGCAAUGCUUUCCUUCACAACAGGCGGGAGAGAGACGGAGUUUACUGCGACAGGGAUAAGGGGGGACAUGGAGGUUAUACUGUGGCCGAUACAGUGUGGGUUGCUACAUUUCUGCGGUUUGGAAGUUUUGGCCCCCAACAUAGUUUACUGCCCGGAUUGCCUCGACCAAUCACAGCGAGAAGCUGUUCUUCAAGAAUGGGCCACUAGGUUACGCCACAUUAUACAAGAAAAGCCAUUGGAUUUCAUUCCCGUCGACUGUUUCAGCGCCUCCAAGGGGUUUCAGCUGAGUGACGAGUUCUUGCAGAGCAAACGCGCGACAGGGGACGUAGCACCCACGGUAGGGCAACAUAUGGGGAAGAGGUUUGCAGUUGGAAGUAUGAUUCCACAAAGACUUAAUACGAAGGACUAAAAGCACUUAUAACAAAGCAAAUCUGGUGAAAGUUGCGCGAAAGCAUAGUUGAACAAUAUUUUGUUGAAGCAAGCUAUUUGGGAAAGGAAAGGAAAUAUGAAUAUUAGGAACCGGACUUUUGAAAUAUAUGAAUCUUCUGACCAAAAGGAAACCAAAAACUACCAAUUUUAAAGAUCCGUGGACAAUUCGGAUUUUAGGAACUGCAUAACGCAUCAGAUUUAAAUUUAAAUGUAAGGGGCAUUGGGAUUUUAAACUCAAUAUGUGAAUCUAUUAUCAUAU